UAGUAAACUACAUACUAUUUAUCACUCGUGUUCUUCUCCCGCCCUUUACAAGGUCCAGCUCAGCUGUCAUCUGAGCUCUCUUCUUCCUUCGGGUGUCUCUGCUAGACUUCACCCACCAUCGGUCACCUACCCAGAGCUUCCACCUGUCAUAAAACAUACACCACGCAACAAACAUAACCUCACACCAUGGCACCAGUAACACCAAUCUCAAACACCCUCUCGGCUCUCGCCGCAGGUCUCACAAAAGGCAACCCAUCAGACCUUACACCAACAAGUACCCUCCCCUCCUCCAUCCGCGACAUCUUCGUCCGCCAAGUCGUCACAACAAUCACAUCAACUCCCGAGACGACAGAAGAGUCCGCCUCCAACAACAACCUCAGCGGGGGCGCCAUCGCCGGCAUCGUCAUCGGUUCCAUCGUCGGCUUCCUCCUGCUGUUGUGGAUCGUCAAGUCGUGCGGCAUGUGGAGCCGACCCAACGACUGGUCCGAAAAGGACGAGUACGCCGAGCGCAGCCGCCGGUACCGUGGUCGAUCACCCGGGGAGCGGCAUCGCAGGCGCAACCAGCACCGGUACCACCACGAGACCUCGAGACACAGCCAUAGUCGUCGUCCUUCGCACGUGGUUGACGAGGUCCGGUACACGCAGCCUGUUGUCGUGGAUCAGAGGAGGAGGGCGAGCGGAUCGCCUUUGACGCCUGCGAAUGUGUAUCGCAGCAGUCGCAGCAGGACAAGAUACUAGAUGUUAGGGGGUAUCUCUCGUGAGAUGGGGACUUGGUGGUAUGGACUAUAUGCCGUGGCUAGGCGGCGUC